AUGAAGGUCCUUGCAGCUGUUCUCUCCAUCCUCCUCCUUGCUGCUACCCUUGGAUCCUCUGCCCAUGGAUACCCUGCCCAUGGAUCCUCGUAUGCUCGGUCAAUGUUUAGUUACCAUCGCCAUCCUUCUGACUGCUGCCUGGGCUAUACCUCACGAAAAAUCCGAUGCAGUAACAUGAAAAGUUACUAUCUAACGACCAGUGGGUGCGCCCAGCCUGGUGUCAUCUUCAUCACCAAAAGGGGGACGCAUGUCUGUGCCAAUCCCAAUAAUGCGGAAGUUCAGCAUUGUGUAAUGAACCUGGAGCAGGACUCUGUGGAGAAUCUGAGCAGCGGUCAUUUGAUAUAA